GGGAGAGAGAGAGGGAGAGAGAGAAAGAGAACGAAGAUUUAAAAAGAGACGGGAUAAGGGACAAUUACCGUGAGAAAUAAAUUAGUGAGUUAUGAUGUAUAUAAUAUUUGUAUUCCAUUUAUACAGGGAUCGUUUUAUACUUUGUAAAUAUUGGUAAUUUAUUCAGCCACUCAGUGCCGAACAGCUGCAGAAUGAAACCAUUUCCAACAGUUUUUAGACGCAACUAAACGAAAGGGGUACAUUUGCUAAUUAAACGGCGGAUACUCCUUUUAACAGUAGCCUAUAAGACAAACAGAGUCGCUAUUUGAUUUAUUUUUUCGAGCCGAACGAUUCUGGAACAUUUUUGGUACGCAUAGCUUAUUUCGUACAAUUGAAAUAAACCACGUUUUUUCAAUAUUCAGGAGCUUUCUUUUAUAUACGUUUUGUAUGCUUUAAAAUUAGCAAAUUCUCAGAUGUGACCAAAUGUCAUUUUAUUUCGCAAGACGGGAACAAUAGCGAGUUCCUUUGUCACAGCCUGUUGUCAGAGCAAUACCAACAGAGCAAAAGAAAAAAGGCACAGAAUAAGACAACUUGCGCCCAGAUUCACCCCGGGAUUCUUUGGAGACGCUUUUACCGGUCGGUGGGGACGGCGGUGUCGGGCCAUGGCGGCGGUGACCAGCGCGGAGACGAACCCGCAACCUCGGGUGUACUUUCAGACCCCAUCCGGGACCGACGAUGCCGAGGUGCCGGUUCGGAAGCAGGGCCGCGUGACGGUGAAAUACGACCGCAAGGAGCUGCGGAAGCGCCUGAACCUAGAGGAGUGGAUCAUCGGCCAACUGACGGACCUGUACGACUGCGAGGAGGAGGCCAUCCCGGAGCUGGAGAUCGAUGUGGAUGAGCUGCUGGACAUGCCCAGUGAUAAGGAACGUGGCGUCAGGGUCAAGGACCUGCUGGUGGACUGCUACAAGCCCACAGACGACUUUGUGGCCGCGUUGCUGGAGAAGGUGCGAGGCAUGCAGAAACUCAACACCCCCCCCAAAGAAGAUCGAUCUCACACCCUAAUCUCUGACCCAACACCCCUGAAUCUCCGGUCCAACACCCCUGAAUCUCUGACCCAACACCCCUGAAUCUCUGAGCCCAAAACCCUGAAUCUUUGACCUCAAGCCCCUGUAUCUGUGACGCAAACCCCCUGAAUCUUUGACCUCAAGCCCCUGAAUCUCUGAGCCCAAAACCCCUGAAUCUUUGACCUCAAGCCCCUGAAUCUGUGACGCAAACCCCUUGAAUCUCUGCCCACAUAACCACAACCCCUGAACUGCCGACCCCAAUGCUAUGACUCCUGACCCCAUUCAGCCCUGGCCCUGUAAAUCUUGUCUCUUUAAACUCACACCGCUUAAUGCUCAACCCCAACCCCUGAAUCUGUGAAAUGUGCAAUCCCACAAUCCCUCUGUGGUGCUGAUGGAGGCUGCAAUCCCGUAAUGCUGAUGUGGUGCUGAGGGCUGCCCGGGGGGACCCCAGCAUUCAGGCCUGCUGUUCAGGGGGGACCCCAGCAUUCAGGGGGGACCCCAGCAUUCAGGCCUGCUGUUCAGGGGGGGGGCCCCAGCAUUCAGGCCUGCUGUUCAGGGGGGGGCCCCAGCAUUCAGGCCUGCUGUUCAGGGGGGACCCCAGCAUUCAGGCCUGCUGUUCAGGGGGGACCCCAGCAUUCAGGCCUGCUGUUCAGGGGGGACCCCAGCAUUCAGGCCUGCUGUUCAGGGGGGACCACUUUGAGGUCACGGCGACGGAUGAGCUGAUUGGACACCCGGCAGCACCGCACAGACUGAACACAGGACUGAGUAGGCAUAGUGAGUAUGCAGGAGUGAGUAGGCACAGUGAGUAAGCAGAGGUCUGAGUAGGAAUAGUGAGUAAGCAGGAGUGAGUAGGCACAGUGAGUAAGCAGAGGUCUGAGUAGGAAUAGUGAGUAAGCAGAGGACUGAGUAGGCAUAGUGAGUAAGCAGAGGACUGAGUAGGCAUAGUGAGUAUGCAGGAGUGAGUAG